UUGUAAAUUUAAUUUGGCAAUUGCAGGCCCCCAAAAGUAAGUUGAAUGGGCACCAAAGCCCUUCCAUUAUUCUCAAUUUUUUCCCUCGUCCUUUUCGUCUCCUCUCAUCUUUCAAAUCAGAGUUUUGUCCAAAAUGAAGAAGAAAUCAACAGAUCAGAUUUUCCAGAGCAUUUCUUCUUUGGAACUUCCACUUCCUCUUACCAGAUUGAAGGGGGAUAUGUUGAAGAUGGAAGGGGAAUGAGUAAUUGGGAUGUUUUUUCUCAUAUUCCAGGAAAAGUUAAGAACAACGACACCGGAGAUGUGGCCGACGAUCACUACCACCGGUUUAUGGAAGAUAUUGAGUUGAUGUAUUCCAUGGGGAUGAAUGCUUAUCGCUUUUCCAUUUCUUGGACCCGAAUUUUGCCUAAGGGAAGAUUUGGUAAAGUCAACCGAAGAGGGAUCACCUUCUAUAACAAAAUCAUUGAUCAUUUGUUGCUAAAAGGCAUAGAGCCGUUCGUGACAAUUCACCAUCAUGACCUCCCUGACGAACUCGACAAAAGAUAUGGAAGUUGGAUGAGCUUUCAAAUGCAGGAAGAUUUUGUGUAUUUUGCAAAAAUUUGUUUCAAAGAAUUUGGAGACAGAGUGAAACAUUGGUUGACGAUAAACGAGCCAAAUUUGGUGACAUUGAUGGCUUAUACAAGAGGAGUUUACCCACCAGCUCACUGUUCACCACCUUUUGGAAACUGCUCUGUUGGGAACUCUGAUAUUGAGCCUCUCAUUGUCAUGCACAACAUGUUACUUGCCCAUGCCAAGGCUGUUCGCCUUUAUCGUACCCAUUUUCAAGAAAAACAAGGUGGAUUGAUAGGAAUAGUGGUAUUUGGGCACAUGUAUGAACCACUAACAGACCAUCAAUUUGACAUACAAGCUGUGGAUAGAGCCUUGAUUUUCAACUUUGCCUGGGUGUAUGAUCCUAUAGUGUACGGAGAUUAUCCUAAGGAAAUGCGAGAAGUUUUUGGAAACCAACUUCCAAGUUUCUCAGACUCGGAGAAAAAUAUUAUAAGAGGAAGUUUGGACUAUAUUUGUGUCAACCAUUAUACCACGCUUUAUACAAAAGACUGUCUUUAUUCUGCCUGCUCUAACGGUGGAGAUCGUCCUAUAAAGGGAUUUCUUGACACCAUGGGAUAUCGGGAUGGUGUUUCCAUUGGAGAUCCAACAGGAGUAGAUAGAUUCUUUGUUGUUCCAAGAGGUUUGGAAAAAAUUAUUAAUUAUAUCAAACAAAGGUAUCCCAACAUUCCUAUCUAUGUCACUGAAAAUGGAUACUCUAUGCCACCAGGCGAUGGUAACAAAGUUGAAGACAUAAUAAAUGACAUUAAACGAGUCAAUUUCCACAAGAACUACCUUGCUUCCUUGGCUAGAGCAAUGAGUAAUGGUGCUGAUGUGAGAGGGUAUUUUGUAUGGUCCUUAAUGGACAACUUCGAAUGGGCCGAUGGGUACGCCACAAGGUUUGGGCUUUUGUAUGUGGACCUGCAGACACUUGAGCGACGGCCCAAGCUUUCGGCCCAAUGGUUUGCUUCUUUCCUUGGCGGCAACCUACAACAACUUACUAAAUCUUCAUCCAUUAUAAAUAAAAAUGCCUAUAAUUCUCUCAUGGAUGAUUAAACAGCGUAUGCUUUUUAAAUAAAUAUAUAUAUAUAUUUUUUUAAA